UGACUGUCCUUGUUUUAAAAAAAUACUUUUUAAGCAUUAAAACGCCAAAUAAAAGUAUAUAGACCUAGGCUAAUCGAAAUAUCUAAAGUUGCAGGCCUAUUAUAUCUCACAUAAUUUAUGCUGCGACAUAAAGCAACGGGUUGAACUGUAAACAUGUCCUUUUCUCGCCAGUGUUUUAUGAAAUUACUAAUAUAACCCAACUCAUUGUUAUAUUAUAUGUGUUAUAUUUUGACUCUGGCCUUCAUGUGUGCUAAGCAGCUGGCCAGAUGUUGGACGCAGAGCUGCUGUCGCUGACCUCGGUGCUGAACACGACGUCAGAUGAACCUGCGCGCACCACAGGAGACACGAUACAGCCUCACUCCCUCUUUGAUUUAUUGAAGCAUCUCCAAACACCCACUUCUGCUUUCUAAACUUUGAGCUUUUUUUAUUUAUCUAUCUCUCUCUCUCUCCUUUUCUUCCGGACAGAUCCACAACAUAUUCACGACGCUGGCUAUCAUUUUCACUCCUUUUCGUUUUCCGUCGUGAUGGCACUUGGCGCGGCUACUGUAGUCCUAUGCCAGGCAGGAGAUGAGCUGGUGGUGGCUGAAGGCGCACAGAUCGUUUGAGUUCUCAUUUUUUUUUCCCACUUUAGCGCUUUCGUUGUGAAGAUUAGACUCGUCUUUUGGAUCGUCGCCUCCCUGGACUCAAAAUUAUCACAACUUCGUUUGUUGUUUUCGUUGUUGCCGCUGCAGUCGGCUAUCCUGCGCCGUAACAUGACGAUUAAGCAGUAAAAUAAUAGUGAGAAAUAGGCCUACACAAUAGAAACUGGAUAUGGAGUCAGUGAAGACGAGAGCCGUGGCCGGGGUGAAGGAAUUUGCGGGGAAGACCCUGGGUCAUAUGCACAGACUGAUAGAGAGGAAACAGAAAACCGGGGAGGUGAUCGAGCUGACGGAGGAUGGGCGGCCCCGGGAGGCUGUGGAGAAGAAACCCCCGCUGUGUGACUGCAACUGCUUCGGCCUGCCCCGCCGGUACAUCAUCGCCAUCAUGAGUGGCCUGGGCUUCUGCAUCUCCUUCGGUAUCCGGUGUAACCUGGGCGUGGCCAUAGUGGGCAUGGUCAACAACAGCACCAUCCACCAGAACGGCAAGAUCAUCAUCAAAGAGAAAGCCAAGUUCAACUGGGACCCAGAGACGGUGGGACUUAUUCACGGAUCUUUUUUUUGGGGCUACAUCGUUACACAAAUCCCGGGAGGAUACAUAUGCUCCAGGCUGGCAGCAAACAGGGUAUUUGGUGCAGCCAUUGUGCUAACCUCGAUUCUCAACAUGUUGAUUCCCUCGGCUGCCCGAGUCCACUUUGGGUGUGUCAUCUUUGUCAGGAUAUUACAAGGACUGGUGGAGGGAGUGACCUACCCGGCCUGUCAUGGCAUCUGGAGUAAGUGGGCUCCUCCGCUGGAAAGGAGUCGUCUGGCCACCCUCUCAUUCUGUGGCUCUUAUGCUGGUGCUGUGAUAGCGAUGCCUCUGGCUGGGAUCCUGGUUCAGUACUCAGGCUGGUCCUCUGUGUUCUAUAUCUAUGGAUGCUUUGGCAUGUUUUGGUACAUGUUCUGGAUCCUUGUGUCUUAUGAGAGCCCCGCUGUACAUCCUACCAUAACUGAUGAGGAACGCUGCUACAUUGAGGAGAGCAUUGGAGAGAGUGCCAAGCUAUCGGGUCCUUCCGAGAAAUUCAAGACCCCUUGGAGGAAGUUUUUUACUUCUAUGCCUGUCUAUGCAAUCAUCGUGGCCAACUUCUGCAGGAGCUGGACGUUUUACCUGCUGCUGAUUAGCCAGCCUGCAUACUUUGAGGAAGUCUUUGGCUUUGAGAUAAGCAAGGUCGGCAUGCUGUCUGCCCUGCCACAUUUGGUGAUGACCAUCAUUGUGCCCAUCGGGGGUCAGCUGGCUGACUACCUACGCAGCAGAAACAUCAUGUCGACUACCACUGUCAGGAAAAUCAUGAACUGUGGAGGAUUUGGCAUGGAGGCCACAUUGCUGCUGGUGGUAGGAUAUUCCCACAGCAAAGGGGUGGCCAUUUCCUUCCUGGUGCUGGCAGUGGGCUUCAGUGGAUUUGCUAUAUCAGGCUUUAAUGUCAAUCACCUGGACAUUGCUCCACGCUACGCCAGUAUCCUAAUGGGCAUCUCUAAUGGUGUGGGUACCCUGUCUGGGAUGGUGUGCCCAAUAAUUGUUGGUACUAUGACAAAGAACAAGACUAGAGAGGAGUGGCAGUAUGUGUUCCUGAUCGCCGCCAUGGUGCAUUAUGGAGGAGUGAUCUUCUAUGGAAUCUUUGCGUCGGGAGAAAAACAGCCGUGGGCCGACCCAGAACUGACCAGCGAGGAGAAGUGUGGCUUCAUAGACGAGGACGAGCUGGCAGAAGAGACGGGCGAUAUCACUCAAAGUUACGGUGCCUUUGGAGGUUCGGCUAAGUCCUACGGUGCAACCACACAGGUGAAUGGAGGCUGGGCUUCAGGUUGGGAGAAGACGGAGGAGUACGUCCAGGAGGAAGCACAGACAGGAGGCUACGGAUAUAAGAAGGAUGAGGGAUACUCCUAGACCAAACACACAUUCACUGACACAUGAGUAGACCUAUUUUCCUGAGUGUGCAUCAGUUUAGUCAUAAAAAUAUCAACAAAUGAGAAACAAGAAAACCUACAAUCUAGUGUUGUAUUGUUUGCACAAAUUCUAAAAAAAAGUAUCAACUAAAAAUUUGUAAAAUGUGUCAAGAAAUCAAAGAUAUUCAAUUAAUAGAGGUGUAACACAUAUCAAAUUGGCAGCCUGUACAUGUAUUAUUAUGCAUAUUGUUAAUAGAUGUAUUCAUUUGGAGUGCAGUUGUGUGUAAAUGUGAAUAUUUUUAUCCCAUCAGCCAAAGGCUUUCUGACCACACUGAAGCCUGUAGGGUUCCAUAGAAGCUGCCCAUCAGAACCAACCCCUUAUUUAUCAAAUUAACGGUUACAAUACAAGGUCCUACAAGCCAGCCAUUACAGUGUAUAGAUAUGUCACUGCACAUUGUUGUAAACAGAAACUAGACACUAUGUUGCUAUAGAUUGAACUGUAUCUCUCCUGAAUGCACUCAGAGUAGUGUGUCCUUUUAAUGCACAAUAUGAUGUGUGUGUGUGUGUGUGUGUGUGUGUGUGUGUGUGUGUGUGUGUGUGUGUGUGUGUGU